UGAUGAACGUGGUUCUCAGCGGAGAGGAAGCUUCUGCGGCCAAGAAAGAUUUCCGUUAGUACUGCUGGUUUUCCAGUGCGCUUUAAAUUGUUGUCUUCGCUGUGUUCAGCUCUACUUGCUUUAUCUUGUCGGUGCUGAGUUAGGUACUUAUCUAAGUACCUGUGAUAACUAGCAGACGGCAUCCCUACGUCCAGCAUCCAGGAACACGACGUGUUGUCGACAACCGGGGCUACACAGAACUUGUUCGGUGUAAUAUUUGACUCUUUUGCCCAUCUAGAGAUAAAGAAGGAAGACGUCCACCAAGAUGCGAUCUGUGGUAUCGCUCAACGCCGCAGCGCCGCUGUCGAGAUUCCAAGCAAUCUCGUGCAGCUUUCCUUGCAGGCGGGGUCUCGCGUCGCUGGCCAACUUCAAGGUGCCACGCAUCGACAAUGAGCCAAACAAACACUACGCUCCUGGCUCGCCGGAUCGAAAGGCCCUCGAGCAAGCACUUGCUACUGUCAAACAGAACGCCCCUAUCCAUGUGCCUUUGGUGAUUGGGGGAAAGGAGAUUAAGAGUUCGUCCAUUCAGACACAGUCAAACCCCUCCUCACACGCACCGCUAGCUACCUACUCCAAUGCGACCCCUGCCGAUGUUGAGGCCGCUAUCGAAGCUUCUCUGGCAGCACGGAAAUCAUGGGCCUCUGCAUCCUUCGCCGAUCGCGCCAGUAUUUUCCUCAAGGCUGCGGAUCUGAUAUCGACAAAGUACCGGUAUGAGAUCAUGGCCCUGACCAUGCACGGUCAAGGCAAGAACGCUUGGCAGGCAGAGAUCGAUGCUGCGGCGGAGUUGUGCGAUUUCCUGAGAUUUGGUGUCAAGUAUGCCGAGGAGCUGUACUCGCAGCAGCCUGCACACAACUCCCCUUGCGUCUGGAAUCGUUUGGAGUACCGUCCUCUGGAAGGCUUCGUCUACGCUAUCAGUCCCUUCAAUUUCACUGCCAUUGGAGGCAACUUGGCCGGAGCCCCCGCCCUGAUGGGCAACGUGGUUGUCUGGAAGCCAUCUCCAUCAGCGGUUGCUGCCAACUGGUUGACCCAUCAGAUUCUUCUUGAAGCUGGUCUGCCCCAAAAUGUCAUCCAGUUCGUUCCUGGUGAUGCUGAGGAAGUAACCAACACUGUCCUGAACCACCCCGAGUUUUCCGCCCUGCACUUCACUGGGAGCACCAAUGUCUUCCGCUCAUUGUAUGGAAAGAUCGCCACCGGUACAGCAGAGGGCAAGUAUAAGAGCUACCCCCGUAUCGUCGGUGAGACGGGAGGCAAGAACUUCCACCUGAUCCACAAGAGCGCCGAUAUCCAGAAUGCUGUUGUACAGACAGUCCGCGGGGCUUUCGAGUACCAGGGCCAGAAGUGCAGUGCUACGUCGCGGGCCUACGUUGCGUCAUCUAUUGCUGACGAUUUCCUGGAGGGUGUCGUUGCCGAAGUCAAAAAACUGAAGGUCGGUGAACCAUCCGACUUCACCAACUUCUGCGGUCCAGUGAUCCACGAGGGAUCAUUCAACAAAUUGGCCAGUGUCAUCGAGGGAGCCAAGAACGACCCGGAGCUUGAACUGCUGGCCGGCGGUACCUACGACUCAUCUAAGGGCUGGUAUAUCCAGCCCACCGUCUACCGGACCACGAACCCCAACCACCCUCUGCUCUCCCGGGAGCUGUUCGGCCCCAUUCUUGUUGUUUAUAGUUACGAUGACUCUCCGUCCUCCGCCUUCGCUGAUAUCUGUAAGACUAUCGACGAGACUGGGGAGUAUGGACUUACCGGAUCUGUGUUCGCCCGGGACAGGGAGGCCCUUCGGCUGGCCGAAGAAGCGCUCCGCAACACCGCCGGCAAUUUCUACCUCAACUGCAAGAGCACAGGUGCCGUCGUGGGCCAGCAACCUUUUGGUGGUGCCCGAGCUAGCGGCACCAACGAUAAGGCUGGAAGUGCGAACAUUCUAUCGCGCUUCGUCAGUCUGCGUUCCAUCAAAGAGGAAUUCGUUCCGACGUACAGCGUUGCGUAUCCGAGCAACGCGUAGCUACAGUUGAGGCAGUCUUCUUUCGCAACAAAUUACGACUUUUCUCUGAACAAAAGUGUUCCCUCAUUGAUGAAUCUGGGAUGGAGCACGUGUAUUACCUUGCAUUGUUUAUCCAUGAUAUUAGUAUUGAUACUCCGCAAUACGGUGUAUUGGCUAUCAUUCCUGCCCAUUUCUAUAUUCUGCUUUUGCCUGGGCCUUUUUUGAUGACCCUAGGGGAAACACAUAUUCAGGUAUUACAUAACAUAUGUUACUAACUAACUAUACCAUCUAUUCUCCGAUGACCACACCAAGACCAAAAUCUGUCUCAACCCUAGCAAACCCAAAGAAAUAGUUCCAAGCUGCUAUAAAUUUCGAUCUGGUCAAUCACAGUGGGUCUAGCUAGGUUCAUCGUCUCUCUUACUACCUAGCUGCACGAAUAGUAGGAAAAUUUGCAGCCAGGA